AUGGCGUGGAAUCUACCACAGAACUUUGACCGCGGUCCCUACUUUCUCCUUCCUCGACAACUGCUACGACGGCACCUCGGUGCAGACGAAAAGGGAGACACAUGGAAGACUGAGGCAAAAUCUCAUCUACGCGCUCUCCACGAAGCCAUCAUCGCACACCACGAGGACUGCUACAACCAAAGUCAAGCGCAAAGUGGCAUCUUUGCAAUGUCCUCGCUCGACCGAAAUGUCGUCGCUGCUAUUGUCGCGGCCGAGAAAGAUGAAAUCCCGAUUGCCAAAGUACGAUUUGAGAUGUUUGCCGUGUCCGAAGGACUCAAAGGGUGUGUGCGGAUGUGGAAUGCGCUCAUCAGCGACAAACCCUCGGAGGUGACGGCCCACCUCAAUCGGCUCCAAAACAACCUCUUCAGCGUUCGAAUCAGAAGGGUGCCCAAGCCUUGGGGAACCCGGAGACGCUACUAUGCCGCCGCAAAGGGUCCUCCAGAUGACGGUGCGGCCGACACCGUGUGGGCACCUGGUGAUGAUCCCAUCGACGAACUACUUUUGUCUCUCGGCCGCAACACCUAUGAACUCGGCGCCAGGGAAAUUCUGCGUAAGAAGGACGCAGCCGUCAACUUCUACUGUCCGGCGAUCAUGCAACCAUUGCCCCAGCCCGAGAGCGACCCAAAACUGUGGGAAAAGAUAUGUGCGGGGUUUGAUCAAGAGACUCGUCUGAAUCGACUCGCUUGUUUGGAGCUCUGGUUGCAGUGGCAUGUGUCCAAGGAAACCCCCGGUGCCGAAAAGGCUGCGGUGCGCAUGAGAGCUUUGAUCUGGCUUGAGGAACUGUCAGAUGUCGGAAAAAUCAAGAAAUGCGCCAAAGCACUCGUGGACAUGAUCGAUCAUCCAGAAGUCGAAUUCGGAGGGACGGAAUCGGCCGCAAGACAGUUGCCCUUCUGGCGUGGAAUCCACUUCCUCGCCGAGUGCCUUGGGCCGCCGUGGCUGGAGUAUCUGCAAGGGGGUUCUGCCAUCGACUGGAAAAGCAUGUUUGCCGCAGCGCAGCUCACAAUCAUGUCAUUACGUGGCGCUUGA